AUGGCCUAUCCACUACGCAGGGAGGAUUGUUGGGACAUCCGAAAAGAACCCACCCUUAAUCAUCUCGAGCCUGCUCCCAAAACAAAGGGAAGCCCUCUUAGUCCAACACAGCCAAGUUUGGAGAAUGGUGCACGCGAUCGCCAAGGCAUUCGAGAAACAUCGGCGCAUGACGAGUCGGAGACUCCUCCCCUUGCCAACCCCGAAGCUGCUGGCGAACCGAACAAACCUGCUGAUCCGGUUGUCCCCGGACCAUGGUGGGACGUCGAAGACGAGCGCUGGGUUGACGAUGACGGUCAUCCAAUUUCUCAGCUCGAGCCGGAAAGCCAGCCUGACUCUCACCCCAUUGCAUCUUCAUGGGUUGAGAUCAACCAAUACGGCAAUCACGGAACAAAAGGGGACGUAUUAGACAAGCCAGUACCCCGCUUUCAAUUUACUCCUUCUGAAGGAUACAAUGGAGAGCCUGUGACCACGCAGGCUUAUGCCAGUGAAGGAGCCGCCUGCAAAAGCGCCGUAAUCGAUUGCACAAACAGUACAACGAAGAAUACGACCCGUCUCCAACAACACUCUGGAUGA